UCUCUAUCUAACUUUCCUAACAAUUUGACAUCACAAAGCAUAUGCAGCUGUUCAGCAAAUCCAAUAAGAGUGUGUUACACACACUCUUUAAGAUUUAUACUCUCUUAUGGACACAUUCUUGUGGUCAAAAUAAGAUUCCAGAUGUUCAUGUGACCUGCAUAUACUCUGAAGACUGUAUCCUGCCCUGUACCUUCCCUCCAUCUACGGAAGAGGUUGUUUUUCAAUGGUACAAACAGGGAACACUCAUAUACAGUCUCCUGGAGAAUGGAGAUGAAUCAGUUAACAACAUUUCAGUGUUUACUGAUGAAGUGUCACAUGGCAAUGCCUCCCUGCAUUUGCAGUUCAGCAGUGUAAAAAGCAGAGGUCGCUAUAAAUGUGUGGUUAAUACCACCAAGGCUAUCCUGGAGUCUCAUGUCAUAGUCAAGAUUGAAGCUCCUAUCCAUGGGAUUGCAAUUGGGGUCAGUCCCACUGAGCAUUUGCAUUGCUCUUCAACUGGUGUGUACCCUGCCCCUCUGCUUAUUUGGUCUACCGAGCCAAGAUCUGCUUCUACUUCCUUGCAAGCUGUCACUCGAAUGAGAGCAGAUUCAAAUGACCUGUAUAGUAUAGAUAGUACUCUAAAGAAAAUGUGCACAAACUCAAAUCUUACCUACAUCUGCAGUAUCACAUCAAAAUACAGCUCACAAUCGUGGAAAGCUUCACUGCUUCAGACAGAAAUGUCUUUAAAUAAUGGUCAAAACCUGGUUAUUCCAUGCAUGGCUCCCAAGAAUCUUAAAAACUUCACUCUCACAUGGACGUUCUUGAGUAUGAACACUCAGACAGACAUCCUGACCUAUUACAGUCAAACUCAAAGGAUCAAAAACCACUGGGAUGACCAGGCAGAAUUGGAUCUGAACAAGGCUCUGAUGGGAGAUGGAUCACUUUACUUAAACAAUUUAGGUUCUAAGCCUUCUAGGACAUAUGCCUGUACAUUUACAGGUUCCCAGGUCAAACACAUAGUCCAAACCUUAGUCAAAGCCAAUGCCUCCAAAGCAGUUUUGCAGACAGGUAAUAGUGGGUCCAAGCUGUGGGUACUGGCUAUUAUAGUAGCUGCUCUAGUUCUCCUCUGUGUCAGUUUCUACAUAUACAGAAAAUGUCAAGUAGGUAAGUCUAAAGAUUCUUGGCAAGACCACCAAGAUGACACAGAGAUGCAGGCUAUGCAUAGAGUCAAUUCAGUGGAGGAGCUACAAGCAGAAUGCAAACCACAUGCAGAGCACAAUAAAGACGACUCCUUAGCUAGAGAAAAGGGCAAAUCUAAUAUAAUGUAGUGGCAUGCAUUUUGUGCAGUACUCUCUAUGUGCACUGUAGUACUGUAUAGGGUGAAAAUCUGAGUAAAUAAUAUUUCACAGACAAUUACAUAGUUUCUGGUGGUGGUGUGUGUGUGGGGUGGGGGGUGCUUCUUAUAUUUAUACCAUGAAAGGAAAUAUAUGUAGAAGUAGUUUAUUUUGUAACAUUAUUGCUUUUUCAAUUGUGAGUUAUAGCAGAUACAAAUAAUAAAGGCCCACUCUAAGGCCCAUCUAUUGCCUCACAACACAGAACUUGAUUACUGCUUUACUGGGACAGAAGGUAGAUUGCAUUGAUAAAGAGGGAGUGUAAAAAAGGGUAUUAUGGUCUAAUCUAGCACCAUACAUAUUGCUAAUCAUUGCAAGUUGUCUAUAAGUGAAAAACAGCCUUGUGUUACUUUAUCUAAAUUUGUUUUAAAUAAUUCCCAUUAUCAACAACAAGAAGGUUGUUCGCACUGGACAUCUUGUUUACUUAGUUUACUUUAGGUUAAGUGCAGAGGAAAGCUAACUAUGUUAUAGUCAACCCAUAUAAAUUGUGUGUAUAAGUUUUAAUCAGUUUGCAUUCAUUUGGGCUAUUAUGCCCCGUAUAAUUUGUGUUAAUGAAACAAUCAUUUGAUCAUAACUGCCUGUGGACAUUAGCUAGAUAUACAGAUAAAUGGAUGGAGGAGAGAAGCAGAGGGAAAUUAUGUAAUGACUGCAGAUAUAAAAGUGAUUUUUUGAAAUAAAUUUCUUAUAAAUGUAAUUAAAAUUAAAGGGAAGCUAACACAUGAACACUUCAAAAACCCCAAUUUUCAAACCAGCUCUAUGCCUAUGCAAAUGUAUUUGAUUU